AAUAAAGUUUCACGAAAUGUGAGCGCAACGAUGAUAAUUAGUAUUCCGAAAAUGAAAAAUACGCUGCAUUUUCUGAAGUUGACAGUGUUGUUUCUUCUAUUAAGCUUAGUUGUUUACUAUGUUAUUUAUAAAUCUCAUAGACCUAAGGUAUACAAAAAUGAAAUUUUCUACGCCGAUACAGUAAAGGAAGAUUCCUAUGUGGUUCACCAAACAAAACGAAGCAAAUUUGAUAAUGAUUUUGCAGUUGAAAAAACAUUUAAGUUUACCCUUUCAGGAGAAACGAUUUCUCAUACUUUAAAAGAAAACGUAACAAAAAUAUCAGGGGGUGUCUUCUCUAAAUUAAAAUCAACUUCUGUCAUCAUAAAUGAUACAAAGAGGAUAAAUAUCACUCAGUACCAGCCAUUAGAAUCAUUAUUAGAUGAAAAUACAAGCGAUAAACUGAAGACCAAUGACAGGCAUUUACAACCACACAUUACUGAAGCGAUUUCCUCACACAAACUUGUAGAGUCAAAGAAAACAGUAAUAUUUUCUGGGGUAACUGAUAAAGAUAGCAGGAGCGUGAUAAUGCUCGAUGAUACUGCGAAACGUUUAGAACAUCGUGCUGAAGUAGUGCGACGGUUGUGUCAAAAGUGGAACACAGAAAAGGGGAAACCACUUCAUAGAGUGUCUGCAGAGAAGAAGGAGCAGAUCAUCUUAUCACACUUUUAUCUGGCAAGGUCUGCAUCUACUUUGACAUGCCCAAUUAACAAGGCCGGUUCGACCUCGAUAGUAGCAGGCUUGAUGGAGGCUGAGGGAAACUCUCUGCCGACUAUGGAGGACGAUUCUCUCUCUGUCCAUGGGGCCGCUGCUGUACUCAGGCCCCAGACUGAGGCCGAGUUCAACUUCACAAAAAAAUAUUUCUUCAAGUUCCUGUUGGUGAGACACCCAUUUGAGAGGUUGCUGUCUGCUUAUAGAGAUAAGGUUGAGCGCGCAAAUCACUGGUCCCUCGUGCAGUUCAGAAAACACAUUCUUUCAAGUCUCUCCUCAAAGCAAAUUGAAAUCGGAACUGAAUCAACAACAUCUGAAGAGGAAAAUGAUGCUGCAAGGGAAGCCAAUGAACCAAAUGAAGAAAUUCCGUCUUUUAGCGAUUUCUUGGAAUAUAUAUUGAUGCCCAAUAUGACAGAUGCAGACUUCUCAUCCCACUGGGCCCCUUACUGGCAGUGGUGUUCGCCCUGUGCUCUCAACUACACGGCAAUCGCCACGCUUGAGACAGCUGGGAGUGACUUAGAGUACAUUUGGCGCAGGGUAGGCUUACGCUCGUCGGAAAAACCCUGGCGCAAUCGUAAUGGCCUUAGCCUUUCCCCAAAGCCUAGUGUGUUGAGCCGCUAUUACCAACAGCUGUCUCCUUCCCUCAUACGUAGAGUCUACCAGGAAUAUAGUCGGGAUUUCAAGCUUUUCCAGUAUGAUGUCAGAGAUGUGUUUCGGCUCGGUAGACACUGUGUGUUAGGUGACUGUAGCGAUGUAGGAUAUUUAUAACAAAGUGAUGGAAUGUACUGUGGUAUUGUUAGUUUUACGUGUGUGGGUGGGUUUCAUAUCACGUCUUUUGUAGUGUUUUGAAUGAUUUGGAAUGCAGAUUAUGAAUACAAAUAUUUGU